CAGAUCAUGGAGGAGGCUGUGACACGCAAGUUUGUCCACGAAGACAGCAGCCACAUCAUCUCCUUCUGUGCGGCUGUGGAGGCCUGCGUCCUACACGGGCUUCGGCGGCGGGCGGCCGGCUUUCUACGCAGCAACAAGAUCGCAGCCCUCUUUAUGAAAGUGGGAAAGAGCUUCCCGCCGGCUGAGGAUCUGAGCCGCAAGGUGCAAGACCUGGAGCAGCUGAUUGAGAGCGCGAGAAACCAGAUCCAGGGCCUCCAGGAGAAUGUGCGGAAGCUGCCGAAGCUGCCCAGCUUGUCCCCACUUGCCAUCAAGCAUCUGUGGAUUCGCACAGCCUUGUUUGAGAAGGUCCUGGACAAAAUUGUGCAUUACCUUGUGGAAAACAGCAGUAAAUACUAUGAGAAGGAAGCUCUCCUGAUGGACCCUGUGGACGGCCCCAUCCUUGCGUCUUUGUUGGUGGGGCCCUGUGCCCUAGAGUACACCAAGAUGAAGACUGCAGAUCACUUCUGGACUGAUCCCUCGGCUGACGAACUUGUCCAGAGGCACCGCAUCCACAGCUCCCACGUGCGGCAGGACUCGCCCACCAAGCGUCCCGCGCUCUGUAUCCAGAAGAGGCAUUCCAGUGGCAGCAUGGACGACCGGCCAUCCCUCUCUGCCCGCGAUUAUGUGGAGUCCCUGCAUCAGAACUCCCGUGCCACCCUGCUCUAUGGCAAAAACAACGUUCUGGUUCAGCCGAGGGACGACAUGGAGGCUGUGCCAGGUUACCUGUCCCUGCACCAGACGGCUGACAUCAUGACCUUGAAGUGGACCCCCAACCAGCUGAUGAACGGGUCUGUGGGGGACCUGGACUAUGAGAAGAGCGUCUACUGGGACUAUGCCAUGACCAUCCGCCUGGAGGAGAUUGUCUACCUGCACUGCCACCAGCAAGUGGACAGCGGCGGGACAGUGGUAUUGGUCAGCCAGGACGGGAUCCAGAGGCCGCCCUUCCGCUUCCCCAAGGGUGGGCACCUCCUGCAGUUCCUCUCGUGCCUGGAGAAUGGGCUGCUUCCGCAUGGGCAGUUGGACCCGCCACUGUGGUCCCAGCGGGGUAAGGGCAAAGUGUUUCCUAAACUGCGCAAGCGAAGCCCUCAGGGUUCUGCCGAGUCCACAUCUUCAGACAAAGACGAUGACGAGGCCACGGAUUACGUGUUCAGGAUCAUCUACCCUGGCAUGCAGUCGGAAUUCGUUGCCCCCGACCUCUUGGGCAGCACUUCCUCCAUCUCUGUGGGCCCUGCCUGGAUGAUGGUUCCUGCAGGCCAGUCCAUGCUGGUGGUGGCCAGAGGGAGUCAGUGGGAGCGAGCCAGAUGGGACACUACUCUCCCCACGCCGAGCCUGAAGGAGCAGCCCCCCAUGCCCCAGGAUCUGAUGGAUGUCUCCGUGAGCAACCUCCCAUCCCUAUGGCAACCCAGUCCCCGGAAGUCCUCCUGUUCCUCCUGUUCACAGAGUGGCUCGGCUGAUGGUGGCUCAACCAAUGGCUGCAACCACGAGAGGGCUCCCCUGAAACUUCUCUGUGACAAUAUGAAGUACCAGAUCCUCUCCAGAGCCUUCUAUGGAUGGCUGGCCUACUGCAGACACCUGUCCACCGUGAGGACCCACCUGUCAGCCCUGGUCAAUCACAUGAUCGUGUCUCCGGACUUGCCCUGCGAUGCUGGACAGGGGCUGACAGCCGGGAUCUGGGAGCAGUACCUUCAGGACAGCACAAGUUACGAGGAGCGGGAGCUGCUGCGCCUCAUCUACUACGGGGGCAUCCAACCUGAGAUCCGCAAGGCCGUGUGGCCCUUCCUCCUGGGCCACUACCAGUUUGGAAUGACGGAAACGGAAAGGAAAGAGGUGGACGAGCAGAUUCAUGCCUGCUACGCACAGACCAUGGCCGAGUGGCUGGGCUGCGAGGCGAUCGUGCGGCAGAGGGAGCGGGAGUCCCAUGCGGCUGCCCUGGCCAAAUGCUCAUCUGGGGCCAGCCUGGACAGCCACCUGCACCGGAUGUUGCACAGGGACUCAACCAUCAGCAACGAGUCCUCCCAGAGCUGUAGUUCGGGCCACCAGAACAUCCGCCUGCACAGCGACUCCAGCAGCAGCACACAGGUGUUUGAGUCCGUGGAUGAGGUAGAGCAGGUGGAGGCUGAAGGCAGAUCGGAGGAGAAACAGCCCAAGAUCCCCAAUGGGAACCUAGUGAAUGGCACUUGUUCCCCAGACUCGGGUCAUCCUUCCUCCCAUAACUUCUCCUCGGGCCUCUCAGAGCACUCGGAGCCCAGUCUGAGCACAGAAGACAGUGUCUUGGAUGCCCAUCGGAACACUCCCCCGGUGCUGCGACCUCGGGAUGGCAGCGUGGAUGACAGGCAGAGCAGCGAGGCCACCACAUCCCAGGAUGAGGCUCCCCGGGAGGAGCUGGCCGUGCAGGACAGCCUGGAGAGCGACCUCCUGGCCAACGAGAGCAUGGACGAGUUCAUGUCCAUCACGGGCAGCCUGGACGUGGCCCUGCCUGAAAAGGACGAUGUCGUGAUGGAGGGCUGGAGGAGCAGCGAGGCAGAGAAACGUGGCCAGGCAGACAGCGAGGACAACCUUUCGGAGGAGCCUGAGAUGGAAAGUCUCUUCCCUGCCCUGGCUUCUCUGGCUGUGACUACUUCUACCAACGAGGUGUCCCCUGUGUCUUCAAGCGGCGUCACCUACUCUCCAGAGCUGCUGGACCUGUACACGGUGAACCUGCACCGCAUCGAGAAGGAUGUGCAGAGGUGUGACCGCAACUACUGGUACUUCACGCCCGCCAACUUGGAGAAGCUGCGUAACAUCAUGUGCAGCUACAUCUGGCAGCACAUUGAGAUUGGCUAUGUCCAGGGCAUGUGUGAUCUUCUGGCUCCACUGCUGGUCAUUCUGGAUGAUGAGGCGCUUGCCUUCAGCUGCUUCACGGAGCUCAUGAAGAGGAUGAACCAGAACUUCCCCCACGGAGGCGCCAUGGACACGCACUUUGCAAACAUGAGGUCGUUGAUCCAGAUCCUGGACUCGGAGCUGUUUGAGCUGAUGCAUCAGAAUGGGGACUAUACUCACUUUUACUUCUGCUACCGCUGGUUCCUGCUGGAUUUCAAGCGAGGUACAGACUUUAAACGGGGGACCUGUGUCCAGACUCUUUGUAGCAGAACUUUCAGGGGGAACGAUCCUGUGGAGAGAAGCCUCCAGGGGCUGGAAGCGUGCCCUAAGACUGGACGCAGAAGGAGGCUCAUGAGAUUUUUUUCUGCUCUUUCAGAAAUGGCUGAGCGACACAACACCAAGCAAGUCCUGAAGCUGGCACGGGACCUCGUGUACAAGGUGCAGACUCUGAUUGAGAACAAGUGAGGGGCACCUCACCCAGGCAGCCUCAGCCAAGCUGCCCCACCUGUUCCUCUGCUUAUUUUUCCUCCUGGCUGGACGGUCACCCCAGGAGCGGGGUCCUGGUGUCUGUUCACAAGCAUGGAGUUCAGUGCAAAAAGAAAAUACCGUGACUUUCACUUCUGGGCAGAUGGGGUGGAGGGAGUACCCCUUCAAUUUAGCCUUACGUUUUCCUGUUUGACCAAAGAUUGCCCAAGUCUGGCGUUCCUCCCUUGCAGGAGGUAGGGGAUGUUGGUGGACGAGGAGCCAUCGUUGUUUGCUGGUGUCCAGAAUGGUCUCCUCUUCUUCUUUCCCUAUCCCUCCAAACUGUCUUGUAAGAUGAGACCUGGGAAGGCAAUUUCUUUUUGGAAAUUGGUGUAGAAGAGGUGUGCGGGGCUACCUCUGUGCUCCUCGGCAAGGGGCCUUUGGCGAUAUUCUGGAC